GAAGCGCCUUCGCCUCUUUUUGCUUUUCGGGCGUUGCUUGCGUUAUGGUUGUCUCGCCAAGCGUUGCACCGAAACGAUAGGCCGAGAGGCCGUGUCUGCGUGGACAUGAUGAUGGACAGGACGGGGCCGCAAUAGGAGGAGGUGCCUGCAAGCAGAAGUCUGCUUGAUACAGAUCGGCAGCCUGUCCCGACAUGCCCACGGCACAGCAUGGUGCAGCAGGCAGAAGAGACAUAUUUUGCCCAUUCUGCAGACACGAGGCCUUUAAUAUCUUAGUUGCCGCAUCCGCCGCCGCCCCCAUCCAGCCCAGCAUCCCAUCUCGAGUGGGAGCUGGAUACCGCAUUUACGUGUGGCCUGUUUUUACCCUCCUUCUGCCUUCCUCCGGAAUACCACGCUGUGUGUACGUGUGUGCUGCAGAGUACCAUCCAUUCUGCUGUGCCCAAGACGGCUGGCUGUUGUUUAGCCCCAUCUUCCUCACGGCCCGGCUCCUUCUCGCUUUUCAUCUUGGGGUUGCAUGGUUCCUUUUUGUCACUCCUUGACCCUUUCUUUUAUUGCUCCCCAGGUCCAGUCGUCUUGGCUCAUUCCCCGUGAUUCCCUGCCUCCCCCUCAUGGCUUUUAACCAACGAAUCAGCCAAGCCCCUUCAUUGGCAGUCACCACUCGCCUCUUCAGACGCCUUGUUGAUAACCCCCCCAUCUUUCCCCCCUGCCAAAAGCUGCCAGGCCCUGUCCUUAAGUCCCGCCCGCAUCAUCACGACAAAACGCCAAGAAGCCAGUCACCCUGAGGCUAGGCCGCUUGGGGGUGUUAGCUUCGCAGACUUCUUUGCCUUCAAACCCCCAUCACCCCACGUCCUUCUCCGCGGAUUUCGAAUGCACAUCCUUCUCGGGGUCCGGUUUAGCUAGCAAACUUUCUAGCUGAAAUCACUUCUUUUCUUCGAGAAGCCGGCCUUACCUAGUGGUUUUGUCUGUUGCAGACCCACCCGUCUCCCGACCAGCAGAGCCGGCCGACAAAGCCAAAGCAACGAAAUCGAACGCUCCUGCCGCUGCCGCUGCCGCCGCCGCGUGCCGCCAGCCCGUGUAAAUCACAGACGCAACAUCGUGUCCGACCGCCCAAGACCGAAUCCUUCCACCACGCGACGCGACACCUACCCGUGCUUGCGCCAGGCGCGGCACACUGCCCAUCAUGGUCACCGUUAACGGGGUUGACAUGGAUAGCCAGUACAUCAUCAAAGUCCCUUACAAUGGCACAAUACCUACUGGCGGCGACCCCCUCAGUCAGAACCUCAACAUCUUCUAUGAGACCGGAGAUAUUGCCUGGAUGAUCACGGCGACCGGGCUGGUCCUUCUGAUGGUGCCCGGGGUGGGAUUCUUUUACUCGGGUCUUGCGCGCCGGAAAUCCGCCUUGUCCCUGAUAUGGCUCUCCGUCAUGUCGAUCGCAGUGAGCUCGCUGCAGUGGUUUAUAUGGGGGUACUCGUUGGCUUUUAGUCGAACGGGGGGGCCGUUCAUCGGCACUCUCGAAAACUUUGGCUUCAAGGACGUGCUCGCCCAUCCCUCAGUUGGCUCCGACCGCAUCCCAGACCUCCUCUUCGCCCUCUAUCAAUCCAUGUUUUCCGCCAUAACCGUAGCCCUGGCAACGGGCGCCGUUGCGGAGCGCGGCCGGAUGCUUCCCUGCGUCGUCUUCAUGUUCAUCUGGGCCACCAUCGUCUACGACCCGAUAGCGAGGUGGACUUGGUCAGUUCAGGGAUGGAGCAAUCGCAUGGGUGGCCUCGACUUCGCCGGAGGAUCGCCGGUCCAUAUCGCUUCAGGUGCCGCCGCGCUCGCGUACUCGAUGAUGCUGGGCAAGAGGAGAGGCCACGGCACACACGAGCUGAACUACCGCCCGCACAACGUGACCCACAUCGUGCUAGGGACCGCAUUUCUCUGGGUCGGCUGGUUCGGCUUCAACGCCGGCUCUGCUCUGUCGGCCAACAUGCGCGCCAUCCUGGCCGCCACCGUCACCAACCUGUCGGCCUGCCUUGGGGGCAUCACGUGGUGCGUCUUGGACUACAGGCUGGAAAGGAAAUGGUCGGCAGUCGGCUUCUGCUCCGGCGUCAUAGCCGGGCUCGUGGCCAUCACGCCCGGGUCGGGGUACGUGCCAGUCUGGGCCGGGGUCCCCUGCGGAAUACUCGGGGCCGCCUUUGCCAACUACGCCACCAAGCUCAAGUUCCUCCUGCGCAUCGACGACGCCCUCGACAUCUUUGCCGUGCACGGCGUCGGCGGCUUCACGGGCAACAUCCUAACCGCCUUCUUCGCCACCAACUCCAUCGCCAGCCUUGACGGCGUCACGUCCAUCCCGGGCGGCUGGCUCGACCACAACUGGAUCCAGUUCGCGUACCAGCUGGCCGACUCGGUGGCCGCCAUGGCCUACUCGUUCUUCAUGACGUGCCUGAUCCUGUUCCUGAUGAACCUGAUCCCCGGCCUGCAGCUGCGCGUAACGGAAGAGGCCGAAAUUCUUGGUAUUGACAGCGAAGAGAUUGGAGAGUUCGCGUUCGACGCGGUCGAGGUGACGCGCGAGGUGCUCAACGAGGUCGAGGCCGAGAACGCGAGCGGCAGGUACUCGGAGGCCGACGACGUCAGCCGGCGGCGCUUCAACGGCUCGGAGCCGCGCGCGUUCGAAAAGACCCACCAGCAGAGCAACAGCGGCGGCAUCCCGCUCGUCGACGCGCGCAUGUUUGGCGUCCAGGCCGCGCGCUUCAACUCGCGUGAUCGGUGAUGCUCGUGAGGGUUGGCCCGGGAAGGAGGAGGAAUCGAAAGAGGCGAGAGUCAUAUGUACAGUCUUUUUUGUAUAUUUGCCAUGUAUAUUAUCUGUAGGUACUUUGGAUAGUCUUUUUUGUGCUGUUUUAUUAUCCAUUUCGUCUUGCGUAAGGUCUUCGUUCG